AUGAAAAUUACGAGCACAUCUUGCAUCUGUCCAGUCCUCGUGUGUCUCUGUUUUGUGCAGAGGUGUUAUGGAACUGCUCAACACAGCUCCAUCAAGGGGACCAGAAACCAAACCAAACACAUCGAAGGUGAAACCGAAGUCCACCACCGUCCCAAAAGGGGAUGGGUUUGGAAUCAGUUCUUUGUUUUAGAAGAACAUAUGGGACCAGAUCCACAAUAUGUUGGAAAACUGCACUCCAAUUCUGACAAAGGUGAUGGAUCUGUGAAGUACAUCCUUACUGGAGAAGGUGCUGGGACUAUAUUUAUCAUUGAUGAUACCACGGGUGACAUCCACUCAACAAAAAGCCUAGACAGAGAGCAGAAGACCCACUAUGUGCUUCAUGCUCAGGCUAUUGACAGACGAACAAACAAGCCCCUUGAACCUGAAUCUGAGUUUAUCAUCAAAGUGCAAGACAUCAAUGACAAUGCUCCGAAGUUCACAGAUGGACCAUAUAUCGUAACUGUGCCUGAAAUGUCAGAUAUGGGUACCUCUGUUCUACAGGUGACAGCCACUGAUGCAGAUGACCCUACCUAUGGAAACAGUGCUCGGGUGGUUUACAGCAUUCUCCAGGGACAGCCCUACUUCUCUGUAGACCCUAAAACAGGAGUUAUUAGAACUGCCUUACAUAACAUGGACAGAGAAGCCAGAGAACAUUACUCAGUGGUCAUUCAAGCCAAAGACAUGGCUGGGCAAGUUGGAGGGCUGUCGGGAUCCACCACGGUCAACAUCACCCUGACAGAUGUCAAUGACAACCCCCCACGGUUUCCUCAAAAACACUAUCAGCUGUAUGUUCCUGAGUCAGCUCAAGUUGGUUCAGCUGUUGGGAAAAUCAAGGCAAAUGAUGCGGACACUGGUUCAAAUGCGGACAUGACAUACUCCAUCAUUAAUGGUGAUGGUGUUGGGAUAUUCUCCAUCUCCACUGACAAAGAGACCAGAGAAGGGAUCCUUUCCUUAAAGAAGCCACUGAACUAUGAGAAAAAGAAGUCAUAUACCCUCAACAUAGAAGGAGCCAAUACACAUCUUGAUUUUCGCUUUUCUCACUUGGGUCCUUUUAAAGAUGCUACCGUGCUGAAGAUCAUUGUUGGGGAUGUAGAUGAACCACCACUAUUUUCCAUGCCUUCCUAUGUCAUGGAAGUCUAUGAAAAUGCCAAGAUUGGGACUGUUGUUGGCACAGUUUUGGCACAAGAUCCCGACAGUGCUAACAGCUUAGUAAGAUACUUUAUCGACUACAAUGCUGAAGAUGACAGGUUUUUCAACAUUGAUGCCAACACUGGAACCAUUAAGACUACCAAGGUUCUUGACAGAGAAGAAACUCCAUGGUACAACAUCACAGUUGCUGCUUCAGAAAAUGACAAUCCGAGUUUGCUGAGCCAUGUCACAGUGGUUAUUAGAGUUCUGGAUGUCAAUGACAAUCCGCCCGAACUUGCCAGGGAAUAUGAUAUUGUUGUCUGUGAAAAUUCUAAGCCUGGCCAGGUUAUUCAUACCAUCAGUGCCACUGAUAAGGAUGAUUUUGCCAAUGGACAAAAGUUUAACUUCUUUCUUGAUGAACAUCUGUCUAUAAACCCAAACUUCACUCUGAAGGACAAUGAAGAUAACACAGCCAGCAUUCUGACAAGGCGGAGGAGAUUUAGUCGAACUAUUCAGGAUGUGUAUUACCUCCCCAUUAUGAUCUCUGACGGUGGAAUCCCCUCUCUCAGCAGCAGCAGUACCCUCACCAUCAGGGUUUGUGCGUGCGAGAGAGACGGGCGCGUGCGGACCUGCCGUGCAGAAGCCGUCCUGUCCUCGGCUGGCUUGAGUACAGGAGCCUUAAUCGCUAUUCUACUGUGCGUCGUCAUUCUCCUAGCAAUUGUAGUACUUUUCAUCACCCUGAGACGCAGCAAAAAAGAGCCCCUGAUCAUUUCAGAGGAGGACGUGCGGGAGAACGUGGUCACCUAUGAUGACGAGGGGGGCGGCGAGGAAGACACCGAGGCCUUUGACAUCACAGCCUUGAGGAACCCGUCUGCGGCCGAGGAGUUCAAGCACCGGAGAGAUAUCAGACCAGAAGUGACACUCACCCCCAGGCACCAGACGUUUUCCACCCUGGAAAGUAUAGAUGUUCAGGAGUUUAUUAAGCGAAGACUGGCUGAAGCCGACCUGGACCCCAGCGUCCCGCCUUAUGACUCUCUGCAGACUUACGCCUACGAGGGUCAGAGAUCGGAAGCCGGGUCCAUCAGCUCUCUGGAUUCGGCUGCCACACAAUCAGACCAGGAUUAUCAGUACCUUGGAGACUGGGGACCCGAGUUUAAAAAGUUAGCUGAACUCUAUGGAGAAAUAGAAUCUGAAAGAACAACUUAGGGGGUCUAUUCUUGCAACCUUCUAGAAUUCGCUU